AUGUCAUCCAUCAACAAUCUCAGCAAGAGGAGCAGUGUUCAGUCUCGUAUCAGCUUUCACGCUUCUCCCACAACCGAGCGAACUGUUGAAGAUGUCUACAGGAUCGAAAACCUUGUUACUAAAGGUGGUGGAAGCGAGAUAGCAUAUGUAUUCGUGGGAAACGGUCAUUUUACAGCUGUACCUAUUGCACCCCAGUCAUCUACAGACGACACUGACGACAUCAACUCUUGGUCACUGGCCGGAAUCACCCCCCAACCUCCCCAUCAAUUCACGACCACGCAGGACAGUGCAUCCAACGGGGAAUUUAGCCCGUACGAUAUUGCCUAUGCCAGAGAAUUUUUCAUUCAAGGGAUAAAGCCAUCUGAGCCAGAGCCUGCGGAGGACUCAGCGUUAGUUCUAAUCGGAGGACAAUUCGCGGACACCCCACUACCAAUUUAUAACACGUUGAAAGCCCAAGACAUCGGUCCUGUCGAGACCGAAAAUCCAGCACUCCAGGGUUAUAUGAGUCAACCUUGGGAACAGGAGCCGUUCAGUAAACUGAAGUUGAUACAUAAGAAUCUGAACAUCAGCUUUAAACCGGUAUACCAACCUCCCAAGAGCCCAUCAGUCGGAAAGUCCGAGCUCAUUCCUUCUUUGACGGCGGACUUGAGCUCCAGAGACGCCGACUCUUUGGGCGAUGCACUUUCUUGUCAAGAACACGAAACAUUACCGAAUAAGCCUGUUCCAUUUCCUUUACACUCGCCAUCUCUGGCAAUGGAGGCCCUUGGGGGUGUACGGGGGGAUGUAGCAGACUCCAUUCAAUUCGAUAACCACUGGUUGGCAGAAUCUGAAAAGCCAUUAGGUCCAGAUGAGCAUGAGACUGAGCCGGAAAUCGAGGAGGACAUGAGUUGUGACAGCAGCGAUUACUACUGGAUUUCAGAUCAUUCCGAACCCACGCCCAAAUGCGAAGAGCAACAUCCACUGCUACAGUUGCAUGGCUGCUUUUUACUCACAUGUCUGCUCUCAGCAUUUGAUGAUCAUUACCGGACACAUUCACCCAAAUCUGGUCUGAGCCACAGCGACACUGCAAGCUCAGCGAGAAAGUCGUCUGCCCAGCAGGAAUUCGGGGGACCAGGGCAAAAAAGAGCCAGGAACUCUGAUCAAGACUCCUUAGUCAGAUCACCGGGCGAGGCUGUUCAGAAAAAGGCCUGCCUCACGAAAGCAGAACAAAGACGGCGACUGUGGUUCGCAUGUCCUUUUUCCAAGAAGGAUCCUCAUCGGCAUAGAUCCUGCUACAGAAAUCGGCUCUCGAAGAUCUCUUACGUCAAACAGCACCUUUCGAGGCAUCAUUCUUACCCCAUCUACUGCUUGAACUGCAUGGCAACCUUUGACAGUGAAGAGGUACGCGACUUGCACUUCGGAGCUCGUUCAUGUGAGGGGCGGCCGAUGAUUCAGUGGGAAGCCGUGACUGAGGCUCAGAAGAGACAAUUGCAGGUAAGGGUACCACCGGGAAUGUCGGAAACAGAUCAAUGGUACAUAGUCUUCGACAUCCUUUUUCCAGGCGUACCCCGCCCACACAGUCCCUUUGUGGACAGCGAACUCUCUGAAGAGCUUUCCUGUUUUCAAGAUUUUGCCACCGCCCAGGGACCUGCAAUCAUUACUGGUCUGCUAGCUGAAAAUGGGCUUGUCUCCAAUAUGGCGGAUAUGACAGCUUUCAACGAUACCAUAGUGGCCAACGGCUUACAAGCCAUCUUUGAGCGAUAUCUUGAAGCGAGAGGGUCGCAAAGGCCACUAGCAAAUGGCACGACUUCGACUGAGCUCCGUGAGAGUUCCGCAAUCAGACGUGAUGGCCGACCAUCAUCAACAACUCCGGCCGAAGACCAAACUCUGGCCGAACACUCAAUUCCGCCUGACUCCAGGGAGACCGUCGUGGGAACGGACUCAUCUGACAACGACCCAGCCGAAUUGCAAACCAGAGUCUUGGAACCUCAUGAUCCCCAGCGUGAUACGGGGGUGGUCGCCAACACCGAGAACGGAGCACCUGACUCUGGCGGCGAUGGACAAGGGGUCCAGGACGACAGGGCCUUGUCCUCGACAUCAUGGGACGAUCUAAGUGUGGAUGAUUUAUUCUUCUCAUAUGUCAAUCACCCUGUCGACUAG